CACUGUUCAUAGCAUUGUUAUUCUGUGGUCACGUGCGGUCACAGUUGACUGUGGUUGACCCUCCAAUUAUGCAGAUUGCAACGGGUGGAGACAACAACGGGAAGUCUAACAUGAAAUAUGACGUAAAAAUACGGAAAUAUACUGUCGUUCGAGUCCCUGAAACGCCGCCCUCGACAACAACGGAAAUAUCGACAACCACAACAACACCACCUCCGGAUUUAGAUGUGAACCAUAUUGAAGUUCAGACUCGCUCGACUUUUGAAGAAAAUUUGCUUGAAGAAGAUCACGACUGCGCUUUUACUUUCACUCUGCCGAAUCCUCGACCCAGUAAUCAACAAGUUUGCGUAAGAGACGUCCGUGCCUUGAUGACGUCAUAUCCAGAAGAACGACGCACUGGCGACGAAGAAGCUUUGAAUACGUUACGGAAUGAAGUCUCUCUAUGGCAAGAAUCAAUGGGAGAUCUCAAAUCCCAGAUUGAAGAAAGAUUGGCAGUACCGUCGUUGGAACCAGUGAGAAAUGAUGUCCGUUUACUCCAGAAAGAAUCUCGAAAUAUGAAUUUCAGGAUUUCACAACUUUACAUGCAGUUGUUGCAUGAAAUCAUUAGAAAACGCGACGAUACGAUCGAAUAUACUUCGGUUGAAAACAGCGUCAUGAACGUGACGAUCAAGUAUUACGAAUUAAAGGAGAAACACGAAGCAUUGGUCACCGAUCACGAAGCAUUGAAGCAGCAAUCUCAAUCACAACAAGAACAGAUUAAGAUUCUUCAAACAAAAAUGGAGGAGAUGGUUCACAGAAUGAAUAGAAUGGCAGUAGAUAUACAACUUAUGGGAAUAGACGACGAAAAGGAUGAAGUUAAUGACACAGCUAAUUCUUCAUUAUCAGAAUCUCGAUCUUCCUACACGAACUGCGUGGAUAUUCAACUUUACGCGAGCAAAGAAAGUGGAAUAUACAUUCUAACUCUUCCAUCGCUGAGUAGAAAAAUGAAAGUCUGGUGCGAUUUUGAACAGGACCCAGGCGGCUGGACAGUGAUUCAACGAGAUCAGAAGGAAAGUGAAUUUCUAUCGAAACUUUGCGAGUUAUCAAAGAGGAUUUGGAAUCAUUGGAAGGAGAAUUUUGGCUUGGUACAUUUAGAAAAAUCUUCAUAA